AGAGGGCGCUGUGGACAAUUUCUGGACCGCGUCUAGCGACAUUUACUUCAUCCAUGCUUCAAACUUUACCGGGGAAAAACCCAAGAUCUCAGCUGUAGUGGGUUAACUAACUAUCUCAUAUAAACUUAACAAUGGCACAACAAUUCCAUGUCUUGAGAUGCUAUUCUUGCCAAACCUACCAAGUACAGCAGGUGAUAAAGGCAAAGAAAUGGAGCUGUAAAAUGUGCGGAGAGAAGCAGUCCGUUUUUAAGGCAUAAUUAUGUCGAAUCUGUGACCCUUGUGUGGAUCGGUCUCUAUCCAAGGAGUUUGGGCGUGGCACUGGGGCCGACUGCCGACGCCACGUUCAGAAGCUGAACGCAAAGCGAGGAGAGCUGGAGCAGGAGCAUGUGACCUGGUCGCUAAGGGACUGUUAACCUGGAUCUGAUGGUUCGUUAUGACAGGGAAAAGGACGAGGAGGCUGGACAAUCGUUUGGAGAUGGAGCUUGGGCGGUCAGUGGCCACGAUUUGAGACCGAGCAACACUGAGCUGGCAGAGGAGAGCCUUUGGGACAAAUACCUGCUGAACAGGCAACAGGAAAGGGAGGAGCCUGAGGACACCGUUUACCUGAGCACAAGCCCUCUCCAUGACUACAGGAAUGCCAGGAAGAGGAAAAGAGCUGUAGGCAGAGCGGACGAAGGCUUGUUAAACGAAGAGAUACACCACCACUGCAGAGGGGGAAAGCUCCAUCAGCUACCAGUAAUGCCCAUCAGCAAGCCCUCCACUGUACAGCAUACACGCAUCUCCAUCAGUACAUGCUCCAACCAAACCAGGCAGGAUUUUACCAGAAAUACCAUCAACCGAAACAACCAGGCUAAUCCAGGUUUUACCAGAGGAACCAUCAACCCAGAAGUGAACCAAACCAAGCCUGAUGUCAGCAACUCUGGCUCUGACAGAUUUCGUCUGAGCAACCAACCCUGUUCAUUCAUGUCUUCUGCAGCUGCCCCUAUCUCAAAAUGGGCCCAGUUUCUCCCAGUUCCUCAUCAGCAGGAGAAAGAGGAGGAAGAUGAAGAAGACAGCCAUCUGGCAAACAACAUGGAGAGAAAGCCUCUUGAUAUGUUGGAAUCUUCAGCCACUCCCUGUGUUGGUAACAUGAUAGAAUCAGGCCACCAAUCAGAGCUCCCCAAGGCAGAAUCUUCACAGACCCUGACCCCUCAUCUCAAACCACGCCCCUCCCUCCCCUUCAACUCCCUGUUCAAUACCGGCGACGACUUUGACAUGUUUUAAAAAGAAAAGCUAUCAAUUCAUUGUUUUGGAAGUAAAGAAAUGUCGAGCAAUGAAAAUUAAAGAAAAUAUAUAUCUUUUGAAUUCAUUUGCAAGAGUUUUAUGGUUUAUAUACUGGUUAACAAAGUAUAGCAUGAGAAUAGAUAUCUUUCAAACAGAAGUGCACUUAUUCCAAUAGCGUACGUAGUAAAUGUCUAUUCAACUUUUAAUUCACAGGUGAAUAUUAAUCAAGGAGUUCAUAUCCUAGUCCUAAUUUAACCUUUUUAUUAACGACUAAGUGUCUUAAUAUUAUCAAUAAAUGUCAUUCAUUUCGAAUUAAUCAACACCAAAUAUUUGAAAACCAUAUUAGUCCAUCACAUUUUGAUGAACAGUGAGCUCAUUUUAUAAACA